ACCUGGGAGACAUGACCAUCCUAUCUGAUAACUUGUCAUGCCAUCAUGCCAUCGAUGACUUCCGCAACCGCGUGUACUCCACCUUGUAUUCCAUGAUCUCCAUCAUGGGCUUUGUGGGCAACGGGGUGGUCCUGUACGUGCUCAUCAAGACCUACCGGCAGAAGACAGCCUUCCAGAUCUACAUGCUCAACCUGGCCGUCUCCGACUUUCUGUGUGUUUGCACGCUACCCCUUCGGGUCGUGUACUAUGUCCACAAAGGAAACUGGUUCUUCAGUGAUUUGUUGUGCAGGAUCAGUUCGUACGCGCUCUACGUCAACCUCUACUGCAGCAUUUUCUUCAUGACUGCAAUGAGCUUCUUUCGCUGCAUUGCCAUCGUUUUUCCAGUCCAGAACAUCAACCUGGUGACGGAGAAGAAGGCCAAGCUGGUCUGCGUUGGCAUCUGGAUCUUUGUUACGCUGACGAGCGCUCCCUUUCUGCGCAACGGGAGUUACGAGCAUGGUAACAAGACCAAGUGCUUUGAGCCCCCUGAAAAUUCCCAUAAGACACAUCUAGUCGUGAUCCUGGAUUUUAUUGCCCUGUUUGUGGGCUUCAUUCUCCCCUUUGUUGUCAUAACCAUCUGCUACACCAUGAUCAUACGGACACUGCUGAAAAAUUCCCUGAAGAAGAACCAGGCCAACCGCAAGAAAGCCGUCUGGAUGAUCAUCAUCGUCACGGCUACCUUCCUGGUCAGCUUCACCCCCUACCACAUCCUGCGUACGAUCCAUCUGCACGUGCUGAGGCUGAAGAACGAGAGCUGUGAGGAUGCCAUUUACUUGCAGAAGGCUGUGGUGGUCACGCUGCCCUUGGCAGCGUCCAACUGCUGUUUUGACCCACUUCUCUACUUCUUCUCGGGGGGCAACUUUCGGAAGAGACUCACCACAUUUAGGAAGGCCUCUUCCUCCAGCAUAACACAGGCCUUCAGGAAAAAGUUCUCCAUAAAAGAGAGGGAUGAGGAACCCUUUGGAGAAAGCCAAAAGGCAAACGGGAACACAACAGUGGCCCAUUCGUAA